AUGAGAUAUCCAGCAGGUGAAAUAGACCGUUGUCUAAAAAAAGUGGCGGAAGGUGUCGAAACCUUCGAAGAUAUUUGGCAGAAAGUUCAUUCAGCACCGAAUCAUAAUCAAAAAGAAAAAUAUGAACAAGAAUUAAAAAAGGAAAUAAAAAAGCUGCAAAGGCUUCGAGAUCAAAUUAAAGCGUGGAUAUCGUCAAGCGAAAUCAAAGAUAAAAAAGCGUUACAAGAAGCAAGAAAAAAUAUUGAACAACAAAUGGAACGUUUUAAAGUUGUUGAACGUGAAACAAAAACAAAAGCGUAUAGUAAAGAAGGUUUGGGCGCUGGACAAAAACUAGAUCCACAAGUGAAAGAGAAAGAAGAGUGUAAUCAAUGGAUAACGGAAUCCAUUCAAGAAAUUCGAAUACAAAUUGAUAAAUUUGAAUCCGAUAUUGAAAGUUUAUCAGCACAGCUGAAAAAGAAAAAAUCAGAUAAAGAUAAACAAGAACGUGUAGAAGAAUUAAAAAGUAGUAUUGAAAGACAUAAAUAUCAUAUUGAAAGUUUAGAAAAAAUUUUGCGUGCAGUUAAUAACGAUGCAUUAGAUCCAAAAAUUGUUCAACAUAUUCGUCAAGAUUUAGACUAUUAUAUUGAAUCAAGUCAGGAACUUGAUUUUAAAGAAAAUGAACAAAUGUACGAUGAAAUUGAUCUUGAUGAUUUAAGUAUGUUGAUGCCUCUAAUACCACUCCCAGGGCAAUUAGUUGGAGGACAUUUAAUAGCGGGCACACAAUUAGCCGGACUAAUCCCUGGUGAACUGAAUAAUACAUCAUCAUCCUCAACAAAUAAUGAAACAAGUGAAAUAACAAAAAUCAUGGCGUCGCCAACUUCGACUCAGUCAAAUUCACCUAGUCCAAGUCCGUCAUUAUCUUUCAGUGAAGAUCGAAGAAGAAAUAAAUCUGAAUCAGAAGAUUAUAAUCAACAGCCGUCACAACGGUUAAGAUCAAAUUCAGGAACAUCAACAAAUAAUAACGGUAAUAGUCAUACAACUACGGGAACGUUGUUUUCUACAAAACCUUCCAGUCAGCCAUCAUCUAACACGACGAAUUCGACCACAUCGUCACCAUCUAGUACUUCAAACGGACCAUUUAUCAGUCUAAAUUUCACAUCGACGUCCAAACCGGUACCCACAUUGUCAACAAGUGCACCAUCGUCGUUCAGUCAUAUUCAUCCUAUUUCUUCUGUAACUACCAAUACCACAACAACAACGACCAACACGACUACGAACCAUUUCCAUCAUCAUACAGCAUUAACGACAGCCUCAAACACAUCUACGUUGCCUGUACUACAAUACGCCGCUAUUGUGUCACAAAAUGCAGGAACAAACUCGACAAUGACGAAUCAUAUGAGCGGUGCAUCUAAACAACAACAAAUCUUAUCACCGUCAAGUAGUAAUAAAAUGCCAUCAACAUCUUCCACUCUGACAGUACUUCACAAUCAACAAAACAACAGCAAACUGACUGGUAAUAAUGAUCAAACAGUGGCCACAACAUCAACUAUAACAUCACCUAUUACUACCACAGCGACAGCUGCGAUUACGAUAUCUCAAGCCCAGCCUUUGGCUACUCAAUCAUCUCUAUCUAACGAAAGAAUUCUAACUAAUGCACCAUCUAUUUAUGGUAACUCGUCAUUUUAUAACAAUAAUAAUAUUAAUACAAUAAACUCAACGGAUACGACGGCUUGUCUAACACCAACAGUUGUAACAUCAUCAUCUAUUCUAUUGAAUCGUACUAUAUCGGACGGUGAUCCAAAUAUAAUCAGAUCAACGGCACAAAGAUUAACUGAUAGUUCAUCAACAACAGAUCCUCUAACUUCAGCAUUAUCCAGUCAGCAACAGCAUGUACCAACAUCAUCUCAAUCUGUUAAUCUCUCAACGUUAUUAAAUUUACAAGAUACAAACCCACUACUCUACCAGUCAUCGACAGCAUCUUCCUCAUCGAACUCUAUACCAUCAGAAUCACUAUUAAACUCAUUAAGUACAUUUAUUCCAACAUCUCAGCAACAACAAUCGUUUUAUAGCAGUUCGGAUCAACUCGGGUCAUCUUCUGUUCCAACAACUGCCUCAUCAACUCUCAUACAAACUCAACAAACAUCGAACAGUAGCACAAUGGGAUCUAGUGUACUUAGUCAGUUAGUCAUGAAUACACCAAUUAAUCCAGAUAAUUUGAGAUAUUUAAAUUUAACAUCAGCUGCGUCGCAGUCGUUGGGAGGAAAUUUAUUACAGCAAUCACAAACCCAACAACUACAGCAACGUGAUCAACAAUCAGCGCUAACUUCGUUAGGAUUGUCCACUGGCCAGCAACAAUCUCAGACAACGAACGGCCGUGUGCCAUUGACGCCAGCCGAAAUGAGAAUGUUACAUCGUCUUAGUGUCGCAUACCAAAAAUUACCAUCAUUGUUAGAAGCCGAACGGCAAAGAACGAGUACAAAUCGUUUAUAUGCUCGAAAUCCUUUAGGUGCGUCACAAGUUAUACCUUAUUAUCCAUUGCAGCCACCCGUUGGUAGUGAUACAGCGGAUUUUUAUUAUCGUCUUGCUCCAGAUACAUUAUUUUUCAUCUUCUAUUAUAUGGAGGGUACACGAGCACAAUAUCUAGCUGCAAAAGCUUUGAAAAGACAAUCGUGGCGUUUUCAUACAAAACAUAUGUGUUGGUUUCAAAGACAUGAAGAACCAUCAAAAAUUACGGACGAUUAUGAACAGGGUACGUAUAUCUUUUUCGAUUAUGAACGAUGGCAAACUCGAAAACGUGAUAAUUUUGUGUUUGAAUACAAAUAUUUGGAAGAUCGAGAAUUUUGA